AUGAAAAGAUGUUCACUUAAGAAGCAGCAAUGGCAACACAAAGCAAAAGGAACGGAAAUGCAUAUGAAAGUGAAUAUAAAAUUUCAUAAUGCAACAGGCGAAACAAAACAGAAAGCUAAGAAAUUAUUGAAGGCUAUAAUAAGAAUGUUCAACAUAGCAUCAUCGACACCUCAUUUUAAAUUAAACCCCAUUUAA